UUAGCCUGCUCAUGAGACUCCGUCAGGAAUUUCCCCUUCAGUCUGGUGGUAUUAUUCGAUUGGUACCGAACAUCCACGUUUAUCGUAAUAUAUAUAUUAAUUGUAAAAGGUGCGAGUUAUUCCAUUGCGACGAAAUUAAUAAUAACGCCGAUGACAAUUUGUAAUUAAAAGAUAAAAUAAAUAUACAACACCCCGAAUAUUCACACGAAGAAAGCGUCGAAACUAAAUUUUCAAAUAGUAAAACAAUAGGAAUCAUUCGUCGAGAAUCCUGCGAAAUAGAAAUAUCCCAUUUCGUUACUUUGUACAUCUGUAUGAAUAGUUUUUUUUUUUUUUCACUUCUUUGACAUUUUUUUAAAACGAUUUUAUAAUUCGCGUACCCCCGAAGAUCUGCACGCAUUUAUCUAAACGUUAACCAGUUUCGUUACGAUACGACAGACGCCAUAUUAUUAUAAUAUUAUCGCCUUUGAGAUAUUUUAUUUAUUGUAUUUAACGAUUUUUGUUAUUCUAAUUUGGAAAUAAGAAUUUCGAAUAAAAAUACUGAAGAACAGAAGACAAAAAAAAAAAAAAUAACUUCAACCGAGUGCAUACGAUCGUUGGAUGUGAAGCGAGACGACCAAUGGCGGAAUAGAGGAGAGUUCAACGCCGCACGAGGAUAAGUUGAAAAAAAAAACAUGAGGGAAAAAAGGACACGGACCCUGCUUCUCGUUUGCGGGGUUUUGCUCGCAGCGUCAUGUUCGAGCGGUCUGAAAGCAUCGAGGCCGAAAUUAAAAAUCGCAACAUCCAGUACGACGACUACGACGACGACGGAGGAAACGGCAACGGAACCGGAAGAACUCGAGGUGGCCGCCGUGCAGACAGACGGGAACGCUACCGCCGGUCGCACUCUCACCGGUAUCCCGCAAAUCGAUUACGUCUGGGAUCCGAAUCUGCCCAGGGAAUUGAACGGUUACAAUCUGAGCUCCUAUCCGUUUUACAGCACCGUACCGGAGGAGAUAACGUUCAAGUGCGACGGUCUCCACGACGGUUUUUACGCCAGCAUAGAGCACAAGUGUCAGGUUUAUCACCACUGCCUCGGCGAAAUCCGCUACGAUUUCCUAUGCGCUAACUUCACGGCGUUCGAUCAGAGGACUUUUAUCUGCCACUUCGCGUCCGAGGUGGACUGCGCCAAUUCGAAAAAAUACUGGCACAGAAACGACAAUCUUUAUCAGGCCACGACGACGACCACGACGUCCACUACGACGACCACCACCGCGGCACCGCCGACGCCCGCGCCCCAUCUGAACCCGCAGGGACGAACGCCCUACAGGAACAGAGAGGGUGGCACCAGGCGGCGGAGACCGCCCUACAGAAGGAGACCCGCCUACGACUACUACGAGGACGAUUAUUACGACGACGAGUACGAGAGGACGAGACCCGGGGGGUACAACAGGAGGGACAACUACGAGUACGACGAGCGCGGCUACAGGACCGACAAGGUCAGGGCGAAGGACUACUCGGACCUGGAGAGGGAGAGGGAGAGGGGCGCGAGGCCCAGGGACGCCGAGGGUCCCGGGAACCGGGCUUUUUACGAUAACAGAGGGCAGAGGAAUCCGGAGAAGAUUUCGCCCAGACCGAAUCGCAGGGGCCAAUCGCCCCCGAGGGGUAGGCCCGUCGACGACGAGUACGACGACGAGCCCCUCAGGCCCAGAGACAGGGACACCCUGGAUCCCGAGGGAACUCCGGUCGCCGACGAUCGCAGGAAGGAUCCUCCGCCCAGGGACUCUUCGUUCUCCAGAGACACCGAGGACAGGUGGUACGCUCCGGACAAGAGGUACAGGAACGAGUACGAAGCCAAGGAUCCGGCGCCGGAGGGUCUCGUCAAACCCGCUGCACCGAGUUCUUCGAUCUACGCGAGGCCGAGAGCACCCCCGAAAAUUGCGAGGCCCGUUCCAAAAUCCGAGAGGGACAAAUACGCGUACAACGUUACGUUGGUCCCUUCGACGCCGAACGACGAGCCGAGGAGGCGACCGGUUCUUCCGGCGGACGAGGAUUACCUGGAGGACGAUUUGGAGGAGGUCAGACCCCGAAGACCGCUGCGGAGGAGGCCGAUCUACAGGAAUAAAGACGUCGGCGGUGGCGGCGGUUACGAGGGCGGCGAAAAGGAUCGAGAGCGCAACUACAGGACUCGAUACCAGGAGGAGGAAGAGGACGAGGUCCCUCCGAGGCUACGUCCCCACAGGGAGAGAUAUUACGAUAACGGCGACAGCAAGUCGCAGACUUACGACAGAGAAAGGCAACCGGAUCGGGUGUCGAGCGUCGCUCCGGACGCGGAAAGACCCUCGUUCCCCGGCAGAUCGGGGGAACGCGAGAGGCCGAUACGACCCACCGUUCGAGAUGAGGAUUACGCGAGGCCCGCCAAGUAUACCGGUAGAGAUCGGGAGCAAAUCGAGGAAAUAAGGAAGCCGGAAUACUACAGUCAGAGAAUGGAGAAGACGAUCGAGAGUCCCAGGGUGACGUACAACGAUCCGGGAUACGAUCGGCCCGAAGAAACCAGAGAAUCGAUACCGUACGCGAAAAACGAGGAGGGCAAAAUAAGGGAGGAAAAUUCCGAACGAGGUAAUCCACGCGCUCAAGAUGCUCCGGCUGCGGCGAAAUUCAACGUCGAAGAGCCCAGGUCCGGACAGACGUCGCAGAGUCCCGCGGGACGUGGUAGCUACAAGUACGAAGACUCCAGGGAACGGAAUCCGAGCGGUAACGGGGACGAGAGUUUCGCGGAGUAUUACGACGAGGCGGAAGAACAAUUACCGGCGGUUUCGUCCCCUAGGACAACGUUUCGCGUCGUCAAGAGACCCUUCCUCCCCUCCAGGGGGGGGAAUCCGAACCCGAGGGGACUGAAACAGGUCGGCGUCAGGGUGGAGCCGAGGUCCGAAGAGGAGGGAGCCUCGCCGACCGGUAGACAGAUGCAGAAUUUCGAACAACGGCGAGGGGAGAACGGGCCCGACGAAACGGACGACGGAAAUUACAGAAGGCAACCGUACGACGCCUACAGGACCGUACAACCCGAGCCGCCGAAGUUGCAACAAGAGCAGAGGGAGGAUCGGCCGAUCGACGGGGUCGAGUUUCCGGCGAAGCCUCAGACCCGGCGACUCCAGAAGGAGGAAACGCCGACGAGCGAGGCGGAGAAGGGCGGCCCGCGUCAGAAAUUCGACCAAGACGAUCGUCGACAAGGGGCCGCGAGGACACCCUCGAAUUCGUUCACCCAGGUGAAACAGAAUCGGGACAACGACUCGGAAGCGGGAGACCACCACCGAGAUCGGAAUCAGGGAAGGCCUCAGAAGGCGCAGCAGGACCCGGUCGUGAACCGUCUACAGGAUAUACCGGAGAGCGAGUACGACGUUACGUUGAACGACGCGCUCACACCGAGUCUCAACCAGGAGUCGAACCUCCCGAGCGGUUUCGUACUGCCGAUUCACAGACAACCGGACAGGGACUCCGAUCGGCUUCAGUCGUCGCAGAGGAACUACUUGUUCGCAAGACCCACGGUAUCGGAACAACCGGCCUUCUCGCAGCCCCCGAAAUCUUCCGGUUCGUUGUCCUACAGCUCGGCUCCACCGAAUCCGGAAAGAUCGCGAUCGACGUUCCCGCGUCAAUCGGUGGUACCGAGCGGCACCGUAUUUUCCCCGGUUUUGCACCAUCAGCAGCAACCUUGGCGCGGCUACGUCGAAUAUUAAUUAUCGAGUGAAAAAUUCAGUCUUACCCGCGCAGUAUUUAUUCGCAAACAUGCAUCCGCCUCGUUCGGGCGUAUACCCCGUUGAUAUUCGUGGUCGCCCUGACUAGCGUUGGAUGAAAUGAUUAUGUCUAAAAACUGGUCCAGCCCGUAGGUAUACGAGAACAGUGACGAAACUGGACUGAAAAAAAAGAAAACCAAAAGUUUUCUCAAUUUGUCAAAUAACCGUGAUCGUUGUGUGAAUCUUUUUUUACGUUGGCGCUCCAUUGAUUUUCAUUAUUCUGACCGAGCGGUUUUAUUUACCGUAUCGAUUUUUGUAUUCCGAUCGUUGAUUAAAAAUUGAAUUUUUCGAAUAGCACUUGCAUCUGUGAGGGGCGUGGAUUCGUUCGGGCGAAGGUGUCACCGGAAAACCGGGAGGCAUGGGUGACACGUGGUGCGAGGCAAACUUUGUAAAUAUACCUAUAAUUCGUUGUAAUUCUCGAGAAAAAUUUGCAAAGUUCAUUGUUAAACGGCUACGAUUAUUAGACACGCAGUAGACUGGGUAAUUAGCGUAACGAAUUGAGAUUAAAACCGAUUAGAAAAUCUCACCAUAAUUUGACGAUUAAACGCGCGCGCAAACGAUGUUGAUCACGACCAUAUGAGUGCAAUACUUAGGAUCGUACAUGGAUUUGCAAUAUGCAAAGUAUAUCGCCAAUCGCAAUAAUACAUCGACCUAAUUCCUUUAUUCCUAUACCUCUACAUAUACAUACCUAACUGCUAUGUAUGCAUACAUGUAAUUAAUAUUAUGUAUCAUUCGGCAUAUGAUGUAAAUUAUGAUAUCUGUAAUAAAUGAUAUUUCAAAAAUAAA